UCGGACGCCAUCGUCAACACUUCCGUGUUCGCUAUCCCGCAAGAAAAUAGACGAGUGAGUAGCGCGCCCACCGUCUACACCUCGACCCCGCGACGCCCUCGGACUACCUCUAUCUCGCGCGCCCUUGGCAUCGGCAGGCAACGGCAACUUGAACGGCGGGGCCGGAUACAUCUCGCCAGAGUGGAGCGCGCGCACAUUUGUCGCCGGACAAGGCGCAGACGAGACGAGACGGGCGAGGAAAGAGAAACUGGGGCAAUGUCUGCGUCCUGAUGAGACCGUGGCUCUCGUUGAGGCGGGGCUACGAGGCUGGCCUUGCGCCAGCCACCCCGACCGUGGAGGCCUCGGAGUCUGUCUCGUCUCUCGUCUCGCUUCUGUGCGCGUACCAACUUCGGCGACCUUCCCCCCGCCUUUGCCUAGCCCGACACGCGCGAGGUUGCGUCCUGAGGAGGCGCGCGCGGCACCGACAAGUUCGUGUGAACAUCCGCUAACAUUCAGAAUGGCUCGUUUCCAGGAGUACUCUGUCGUCGGGCGCUCGCUCCCCUCCGAGCAGGAGCCGGAGCCGAAGCUCUACCGCAUGCGCAUCUUUGCGCCCAACGACGUUGUCGCCAAGUCGCGCUUCUGGUACUACCUUCGUCAGCUCAAGAAGUCGAAGAAGGCCCACGGCGAGAUCGUUGCCCUUAACGUCAUCUCGGAGAAGAAGCCCCUCAAGGUGAAGAACUUCGCCAUCUGGCUCCGCUACAACUCGCGCUCGGGCACCCACAACAUGGUCAAGGAGUACCGCGCCCUCUCGCGCGCCGAGGCCGUCGAGUCCAUGUACCAGGACAUGGCCGCCCGCCACCGCUCGCGCUUCCGUGACGUCCAGAUUCUCCGUGUCGCCGAGAUCGAGAAGACUGUUGACAUCCGCCGCCCCUACAUGAAGCAGCUCCUCCAGAAGGACCUCAAGUUCCCUCUGCCCCACCGCCUCACCAAGUCCAAGGCUUGGUACGCCGCCAACCGCCCCUCGACCUGGGCGUAAGCGUGCGCUUGUAUACUUUUUGCAGGUUGAGCCCCGUGGUGCGGGGUUGCGAGAUGGAACCUGUGCACCUGGAUCCGAAACAGGGUGAUGAGCGAAUGAGGCAAGGAAGAAGGAGGAGGAGGAUGGUUUUGGGGAUGGAGGAUGGGAUGGGUGCGCAAAAGUACACGAUCACACGAGUCUGCCGUCAGAACGGCAUCUGCGAUCUGCGAGCCGCUCUGACGACAGUGGAGAGCGUGCGCUCAUCAGCUUGCUCAGUUGUCCGAAUUGUU